AUGGCAAAGUGGGGACAGGGCGACCCCCGGUGGAUCGUGGAGGAGCGCGCAGACGCCACAAACGUCAACAACUGGCACUGGACGGAGCGUAAUGUGUCGUCGUGGUCCGAGGAGCGCCUGAGGUCUCUGCUCUUCGCGGUCUCAGUGGAGGGUCCUGAGGGAGCGUGUGCAGUGACCGACGUGAGCAAACUGGAGGGAGAGGCCUGCAUCAACAACCGCAAAGGAAAGCUCUUCUACUUCUACGAGUGGGUGAUCCGGGCCAACUGGACAGGAACGACAAAGACCGGAGUGAAGUACAGAGGGACCGUGGACGUAGCAAACCUGUCCGACGAAAACGACGCAGACGAUCUGGACAUCUCGGUGUCUCUGUGUGCGGACCACCCUCCGACUCCUCUGCUGCAGCUCAUGAGGACCAAAGGAAUCCCUGAAGUCCGCCGGGCCCUGGGACUGUACAUGACCCAGCUCCAGACCGAGUUCAGUCAGGGGAUGAUCCUGCCCACGGCCAGCGGCGCUCCAGCCCCGCCCCCUCAGCCCCAGAGCAAACCCCAGGUCCAGAGUAAGACCCAGAUCAGCUCAGCUCCCUCCAGAGCCUCCUCCUCCAUCGAGCUAACCUCCACCCGCAACAUCAACCUGAAGGAAACGUUCAACACCUCACCAGACGAGCUGUACAACACGUUCAUCAGCCAAGACUUUGUGCAGAUCUUCACUCGCUCGGUCGCUCAGCUCGACGUCCGCAAAGGAGGAAAGUUUCAGCUUCUGGACGGUUCUGUCAGCGGAGAGUUUGUGCAACUGGUUCAAGACAAAGGCCUCGAGAUGAAGUGGAGGUUCAGGACGUGGCCCAAAGAUCACCACGCCACUGUGAUCCUUCUUUUCGAGGACCAAGGAGGAGAGACCCUGCUCUCUGUGGACAUUCAGGGCGUUCCGUCUGGGUUCGAGGACAGCACCAGAGAAGGAUGGAACCGCUUCUAUCUCCAGGCCAUAAAGCAGACCUUUGGAUACUAG